CCCAGAACUUCACGAGUACAGAGUAGAGUAGAGCAGACUCUCUCAGCUACAGAGCCGAGUGUUAGGCCAUCCAAAGGAAUGCGAAUCCCAAGGACCACUCCAGAACACUGAGUCACCGCCUCUCCUCUCUCCUCUCACCUCUCACCUCUCACCUCUCUCUCGCUCUCUAUCUCUCUCGCGCCCACACACACAUACGGACGCACAUACAUACCCAAAUCCUUUAUUUUCUUGGGGGUGCAUCCUCAUUCGGCAAAAAGAAAGAGCAACAUCAAUUCUUUUUUCCUCUUUACCAGAGUCCCAGGGAUCGCAAGACUCUCCGAACUUGCCAUGAUUUGAUCCCUCCACACCAUUUUUACCCAAAUGGGUUUUCCUAGAAAAGGACUCUUUUCCCUUGUUUUCUUCCUGGGUUUCUUCCAAUCCCAACUCCCACAGUCCUCUUCUUCUUCCGAUUACACCACCUUGAUCUACAAAGGCUGUUCGAAGGAAACUUUCACGGAUCCAAAUGGGGCAUACUCUCAAGCCCUUUCUUCCUUAUUUGGCUCCCUGGUCGCCCAAUCCACCAGAACCAAGUUCUACAAAGCCACCUCUGGUUCCGGCCAAACCGCGUUAACCGGCCUCUUCCAAUGCCGGGGAGAUCUCACCAACUCCGACUGCUACAGCUGCGUUAGCAGACUCCCCGUGUUGGCCGACAAACUCUGCGGCAAGACCGUCGCCUCCAGAGUUCAACUUCUAGGGUGCUACAUGCUCUACGAGGCUGCCGGGUUCGCUCAAAUCUCGGGAAUGCAAAUGCUGUACAAGACUUGUGGGGCGACGAAUGUUGCCGGAAGUGGGUUCGAAGAGCGGAGGGACGCGGCAUUCUCGAUGAUGGAAAAUGGGGUUGUGAGUGGCCAUGGAUUUUAUACAACGAGCUAUCAAUCUGUGUACGUGUUGGGACAGUGCGAGGGAGAUGUUGGGGAUUCGGAUUGUGGGGAGUGUGUGAAACAAGCUGUUCAGAGAGCCGGCGCUGAAUGUGGGAGAUCCAUUUCAGGUCAAAUCUUUUUGCACAAGUGCUUCAUUAGUUAUAACUAUUAUCCUAAUGGGGUUCCUAGGAGAUCCUCUCCCGCUGCUGCAUCUUCAUCUUCUUCAUCGUCCUCAUCUUCCCCAGGGCAAAAUACAGGGAAGACAGUAGCUAUAAUAUUAGGUGGGGCGGCUGGCGUGGCAUUUUUGGUCAUAUGCUUGCUAUUUGCAAGAAGUCUGAUUAAGAAACAUGAUGGUAUGCGUUGAAUGAAACUGAGAGGCCAUUUUUCUGUUCAUGGCAUUAAUUAAUUAUACCGUAGCUCAUUUAAAAUCCUAUUGCUUUCAUUCUGAAAACCACAAUCUGUUUCUGUGCAGAUUAUUAAAAAUUGAAGAUGAUGCUUCUCAGAAGGCUAAAUUCUUUUUGCUGUGGAUUCUUUCUGCAUAUUCAGUUUUGGGGGUGGAAGAGACGGUGAUUUUGUGGUGGAGAAAGGAUCAUUCAUGUUGAAAGGUUACUAUUCAUUAUUAAAUGUGGGGACGACUUGUAAGGCUUGAUGGUUAGGUAAGAUUCUGUUGGGAGGAGCAGUAAAAUGAGAGCAUGAAAGUGAGAACUUUGCUUUCUGUUUUAUCAUCUUUUUUCAAAGGGUGAAAAAUACCUCAAAA